UGUGUCGGCGGCGGGGCGGUGCGACGCUGUUGGCGGGAUGGGGCUGCUGGAGCAGUGUGAGGCGGCCUUCGGCUCCCCUGACCUGUACCGAGUCCUGGGCGUCCGCAGGGAGGCCUCGCCCGAGGAGAUCCGCCGCGGAUACCACCGCGCCUCGCUCCGUGUCCAUCCCGACCGCGCCGAGCCCCAUGCUAAGGAGGAGGCGACGCGGCGGUUCCAGAUCCUCAGCAAGGCGUAUGCUGUCCUGAGCGAUGCGGAGCAGCGCGCCCUGUACGACGAGCAGGGCACGGUGGACGAGGAGGGCGAGGCGCUGAGCGGCGAGCGGGACUGGCAGGAGUACUGGCGGCUGCUCUUCAAGAAGAUUACUGUAAAAGAUAUUGAAGACUUCGAAAAGAAAUAUAAAGACUCAGAGGAAGAGCUAGCCGAUAUUAAAGCAGCAUACAUGGAUUUUGAGGGUGACAUGGACAGAAUACUGGAGUCAGUGUUGUGUGUGAACUAUACGGAUGAACCAAGGAUAAGGAAAAUCAUUGAAAAAGCCAUUGCUGCUGGAGAAGUCCCAUCCUACAAAGGUUUCGUAAAAGAGUCUAAGCAGAAAACGAUGGCAAGAAAAAGGCGGGCAGAAAAAGAAGCUAGAGAGGCAGAAAAGACUAAAGAUGAGCUGGGCCUUGGUGGAGAAGAUGACUUGAAAGCGCUGAUUCAGAGCAGAAAUAAAGAUCGAAAAAAGGAAAUGGAUGACUUUUUGGCCCAACUGGAAGCAAAAUAUGCAAAUAAUACUAAAAAAGGAGGAAAGAAGACUGCAGCCAAGAAAGGAAAGAAAUAAAGAACUGUAUAGGCUGAAAUAUCAGGUAUUAUUUUGUAUGGGAACACACAAAUUUGGGAGAAUUUCGGAGCUAACCUGGGCUACAGUUUUGGAGAGCAUGUGCAUCCACCUGCUGUGACUGGAAGGUAUGAUCCAGAACACAUCAUAUGAAUAAGAAAGGCAAAGUGUUGUGGUGCUAUUGUCCAAAAUCCUCUGGGUGCUCUUCGGUUAACAUCAAGCAGAUACUUGACUAAAAGUUUUGACACAGUAGGGAAGCAGUGUGAUGUUUAGGCUGCCAGUGUGUUUAUUAAACUUGUGUUGAAGAUUCUUUCUUCCAGUCACCUUAAGGGUAUCAGUACAGCUGAUGGUAAAAUAAUGUAAUCCCACCUUUGAGUCUUCAGUGCUUUCUUAUGGUUUCCAAGUUGGAAAUAUUUUUGCUACUCACAUGCCUUUUGUAGUAAACCUGCUGGUUUUAAAGGUCUUUGCACUUCAGCUCAACAAGUGUUUGUUAGAUCUUCCAGGGGUUUUAUAAAGAUACUUUGGAAAAUUGCAGAUUUAAUAAAUGAAAACUUUUUACGUAA